AUGGCUUUCUCCUCGCACCUGGGCGCUGCUGUGGGGCAGCGUGGCCGCACUGGCGCGCCGGUCACGGGCGAGAAGGUCGAGGCCGCGGUCGCCACGCCCUACACGGCCACGCACGCGCUCGAGAUGGCCGCGGCGAACAUACCCAACCCUUCCAAGGCGCACUACGGCGGCGAGGACGCGUGGUUCACGCUGUCCAAUCGCGGAAAGGGCGACUCCUUCGCGGUGGCCGACGGCGUGGGCGGCUGGGGCGAGAGCGACGUCAAUCCGGGGGAGUAUAGCGCCUUGUUUGUGGAGACAGCGAAAUCCUUCAUGAAGGAGUGCGCGAAAAUCGGGAAGAGCCAGGGGACGAAGGAGUUUCCGCUCGCGAUACAGGCGGCGCUGAACGCUGGGCACCAGGCGGCAAGAAUCCCCGGCAGCACGACCGCGUGCAUCGCGGAGCUGCAAGGCGACGUCCUGGUGUGUGCCAACGUGGGGGACUCCGGGAUGAUCGUGGCGCGCAACGGCCGCGUCGUGCAGCGCACGACGCCGCAGCAGCACUUCUUCGACUGCCCGCUCCAGUUCGGCGCCUACCCCGAGUACGUCGACGCGACCGACGACGCGUCCGACGCGCAGAUCCUGCGCACUGCCGUGGAGGCCGGCGACGUGAUCGUCAUGGCCAGCGACGGCCUCUGGGACAACGUGUACGAGGAGGAGGUCCUCGAGCUGCUCCCGACGUCCCCGAAGGACGUCGCGGGGGCCGCGGAGGCGAUCGCGAACCUCGCGUUUGAGCACUCGCAGGACGAGUGGUGGGAGAGCCCGUACUGCGAGAACGCGAUCGAGGAGGGGCUCGACUUGCCGUGGUGGGAGAAGCUCGCGACGUUCUCGUUCGACGAGGGCCGGUUCGAGCUCGGGAAGCUGCGGGGCGGCAAGCAGGACGACAUCACCGUCGUUGUUGCGUACGUGAAGGAGACGCCCCGCGGGGGCGUCGCGGGGGCGGUCAGCGGGGCGAAGGCGAUGCUGGGGGGCGGAGAUGAGGACGGCGGAGGGUCGGCCGUGCCGCUGGGGCAGGAGGAGGAGGCGGCGGAGGAGGAGGCCGCUCCGGAGGCGCGCGAGUGGAUCUCACGGUGGCGGAACGCGUUCACGGGGGCGACGAACGGGCGGCGGAGCGGGUGA